AUGAUUCUUCCAAAUACUCCACAAUGAAUCUUACAGCAGUGAACCAAAGUGAUGUCUGUCAGGAAUAUUCAUGUCCAGAGAGAUCAGUUUCUUUAUCUGUGUAUGUGAUUCUGUAUGUGGCCGCAGCAGCUGUGUCUCUGCUGACCGUGUUUGGAAACCUGCUGGUCAUCAUCUCUGUGAGUCACUUCAAGCAGCUCCACACACCUGCUAACGUCCUCAUCCUCUCUUUGGCUGUGUCUGAUCUCCUGGUUGGAGUUUUUGUGAUGCCACUUUAUCUGUCUUGGGUUAUUGAGUCAUGCUUCCUUCCUGGACCAGUGAUGUGCUCGAUAUUAAAAUUAGUGAGUUUUCAUGCGACAUGCGUGUCUGUUUACACUGUGGCUCUGAUAGCAGUUGAUCGAUUUUUGGCUUUAAGUUUUCCUUUUGUUUAUUCAGAGAAAAUCUCACCCACUGUGGUCUGCAUAGCAACUUUAUUUAACUGGUUGUUUUCACUCCUUUAUAACUUCACUCUUCUUUUCAUCAAUGGAAACUUCACUGAUGUCACAUGUCAGGGAGUGUGUGUUUCUAUGGUAGAUGAGGUUUCUUCCCUCUUUGAUCUUGUUAUUGUGUUUCUUAUGCCAUGUACACUUAUUAUAAUAUUAUACACUCAUGUUUUUGUCAUCGCUAAGAGACAUGCGACUGCUAUAAGAGCCCUUAAGGUUCACAACAGCACAGAAAACUCCAAAAAUAGAUUCAGUGACAAAUCAGAGAGAAAAGCUGCAAUACUGCUGGGGAUUCUGGUCAUUGUGUUUCUCCUGUGUUUACUGCCGUAUUAUAUUUGUUCUUUCGUGAUUCCAUAUGAGUUGUUUUAUGUCAGAGAUGUUACUAUAAUAUUUUUCUUUUUGAACUCCACCAUUAAUCCCAUCAUUUAUGCUUUAUUCUAUCCCUGGUUCCAGAGAAGCUUAAAACUAAUGUUCACAUGUAAAGUGUUUAAUAAAGACUCAUCCCUGAUGAAUGUACUCUAAUGCACUGAAUGUAAAUGUCUAUUUUUUAAUAUAUUGUCACAUUAAACACAAGUUUUGGCUACAAAAUAUGUACUAAAUAUUUCUUCAAAAAUUACUGAUAUACAGUUUAUUGUACUUAUUAUUGUAUUUAUACUUUUUUUGUUUUACUACAGCAGACUACUAAGAUUAAGAUGUGGCCUUGCUCCAGUCAUUAUUUUAAUACUAUGAUAAAUUGGCUAAACCUUAUAUAUUUGUUCAAAUGUUGUAUCAAUCUUGCGUGUUGUGUUUAAAUAAUGAUGUCACUUAAUAAUUUUUAAAAUAUUUAACUCAUUCAGAGCAAGGCAAGGCAAGGCAAGGCAAGUUUAUUUAUAUAGCACAUUUCAUACACAAUGGUAAUUCAAAGUGCUUUACA